AUGGGAUUUUCGCAUAUUUGGAAAAGCCACACGUGGCCUAAGCUAGUUAUACUGACUAUUUGUGCCUUUUGUUUUACUGACAUGUCUAUGGCUUCAGAGAUUGGUUCUCGUCAAGACAAAAAGCCAAUUAAUGUAUUACUAUUGCUUCCAACGGACACCAAGUAUAUGUUUACCCAUGCUCUCAUGUUUCCGGCUUUGGAGAUUGCCAUGGAGAAGUUAGAAUCUAACGAUUCUUUGCUUCGAGAUUACUACCUCAAUGUAUCUUACGAGGACACAAUGUGCCAUGAAGCGAUGGGAAUGAAGUAUGCCAUCGAAUAUUACUUCGUUAAACUCGUCGAUGUGUUCUUUGGACCAAUAUGUGAUUAUACCGUUGCUCCACUUCUGCGUCAAGCCACAUUCUGGAAUCUACCAAUGGUCACUGUUGGUGCCAACGCCUGGGGAUUUACCAAAUUCAGACGGACAGUGUUUCCAAUGCUGACGAGGGUUGGGCCGGUCAAUCACUACUCUCUGGUCAAUUUCUUCUUAGAAUAUGUGGGGCGCUACAACUGGACAAAGGUCAGAUUGGUAAGUACCUUAUAUUUAUAA